GUGUACUAGCACUGUCCCUUAACUCAUAAUCCUGUUAGCAGAACGUCUUUUCCUCUAAUCCACCUCUUCUUCUUCUCCUUUGCCUCCAGUCCUGCAGACUGCCUCUGGAAUGUUAGCAUACAACUGAAAAAUCAGGAUGUUCAGCUGGGUGGUGAAAGUGGUUCCCCAGCCUCCUGAUCCUCCAGGAAAACUUGGGGAGGAAGACAAGCCCAUACCACCUCCAGACAAGAAAGUGUCAUUUAAAGAGGAAGCUCCAAAGGAAGGCCCCAAACCAGUCAAGCCUAAAGAGGAAGAAGUCUCACAGGAAACUGGUAACCAGAGUGGAGUGUUGACCUGGCUCUCUCAUGGCUUCUCUAGUGCUCUGCCCCAGCCAGCAGGAAGCCCGAGGCUGUCCAGAGCAAAUUCAGAGGUGAAGGAUGAUGCAUCGGGCACCAGUAAGGCAGAUGAAGCUGAAGGCAGCGGAGUCAUGGGCUGGUUCGUGCAGGGACUGGGAAAAGUGGUUCCUCAACCAGAUGACAAGUAUAAAGAAACAGCGGAAGCGGAAGAGAGCACAGAGGUGCAUGAAAUGAAAGAUGUCCCUGACGCUGAGCCUCUCAUCCCUGUUGUGGAGCUUGUGUCAGAUGACGAGGAGGAUAACAAAGCUGCCCCUCCAAGUGUCAUUAAUUGGAUAAAGCAAGGCUUAGAGAAGGUGGUCCCACAGCCAGUUGAUGGUCACUCAGAGGUCACAGUAAAGAAGGAAUCAGUGAUAUCCCCUCCUCCUGAAAUCUCCAAGGCUGAGGAGGAAUCUAUUAGCUCGAAUAUGGUCGGCUGGAUUGUGUCGGGCUUUGGCCGCAUCAUGCCUCAACCUGUGCUGAAAACUGGGGAGAACUGUGAAUCAAUGCAAAAUGUCUGUCUGCUGCAGGACCCAGAGGACAUGGUCCUGGAGGAGGUAGAGUCUGAUUGGGAGACUGAACAGAAGGAGCAGGGCACUGCCCAGCCGGCUGAGGAGGCCACACAGCCCAAGACCCUGGGCAUGUCCCUGCUGCAAGCCCUGCCUCAGAUGAUGCCACAUGUGCUGGCCAUGGAGGAUCAGGAGGAUGCUGAGACCCAGACGGAGAGAUUGACACCCCGCAUAGUCAACAUCAGGAAAGAGGCAGAGCAGAUUGCAAUGGCCAGUCUGGAGGAGAGCAGGCUGCAGAAACAGCGUCUGGAGGCGGCCCGCGCGGCUGAGGAUCUGGCCCGGCAGGCGGCACAGCAGGCUGUCAGACAGCUGGAGAAGGACCAGGGCACCCCGAUAGCCCCGCUAGCAGAGCCUGACGAUGGAGAGCAACUGCCCGAUAUCCAGGAGGAAGAGAAUGAGGAAGACCCAGAGCUGCAGGGGCUGCUUGAGGAGAGUGAGGAGGAGAGUGUGCAGAAUAAGACCACUGAAGCAGAAAUGAAGAGUUGCUUACUAGAAAUAGUUGCUGCUGAGGAAGAAGAACUUCCUGAGGUUCCAUCCCCAGAGCCACCCAAGGUCACGGCAAAGAAAGCCUCAAUUCCUGAUAAGGCACCAGUGACCACUCAGCCUCAGCCAGCUAGCAAAGAGCCCACUCCACCUGCUAACCAGGAAGAAGACAAGACAGAGGGGGGCUGUGGAGAUGUCAUCCUUGAGGUUGUGGUAAAUGUGGAAAAUCUGGAUGUAAAAGCUCCGUCCAUUCCCCAGAUCAUCAUCCCCGAUGACCCUGAGCUAAUGGGCAUCAGUGUGCCUAUGCUGGCAGCCAAUGGAAAGACAGUCGACCCAGAAGAUGGAGAGCUAAAGACCAAGAGUCUCCUCGGCUUGGAUGACGAAAUGAAGGAGCGGCCGCACUCAUCGGCUAGCCACACCGGCAUCGAUGUGAACGAACGGCUGCAGGAGCUGGUUAAGCUGUUCAAGGAGCGUUCAGAACGCGCCCGAGAUAGACUCAUAGACCCAGAUGAGUCUGACGAAGAGAGUCCAUCCUCCUCUCCUGUGAAGAAGGCCGCACCAGGGGAUCCUCCUCCUCCUCCACCCCCCGAGGAGACAAAAGAUGCCCCUGCUGAACAGGCGGUGGAGGAAGAGGAGAAAGAGCAAUUCUUUGAAUUCAUGGGCCAUCAAAUUAAAUUACCCAAACUCAAACUUCCUCCACUGCCAGGCUGGGCUAGAACCAUCGUCGACUACCGCUUCCCUGACAGUAUUGACCCUGUUACCAACUUGGUCUACGUGUUGUGGCUGUUCUUUGUGACAUGCGCUUGGAACUGGAAUGUUUGGCUUAUCCCCGUUCGCUGGGCCUUCCCGUAUCAGACCUCAGACAAUCUUCACUGGUGGCUACUCAUUGACUACUCUUGCGACCUCAUCUACAUUCUGGAUAUUCUUAUCUUCCAGCCCAGACUCCAGUUUGUCCGUGCUGGAGACAUAGUGUGUGUCAAAAAGGACAUGAGAGAGAACUACAUGUCAACUUUGAGAUUCAAGAUGGAUGUGAUCAGUCUGUUCCCUAUGGACCUGCUGUACUUCAAAACAGGUGUUAACUCCCUUCUGCGCUUCCCUCGCAUGCUUAAGUACAUGGCAUUCUUCGAGUUUAAUGACCGCUUGGAGGCGGUCAUGAGUAAAGCCUACAUUUACAGAGUAAUCAGGACUACCGCCUACCUGCUGUACUCCUUGCAUAUCAAUGCAUGUCUGUUUUAUUGGGGCUCAGACUAUCAAGGCCUGGGCUCCACUAAGUGGGUUUAUAAUGGCAAAGGGAACAAGUACAUACGUUGUUACUACUUCGCAGUGAAGACCCUGAUCACUAUCGGUGGUUUACCAGAUCCCACCUCAGUUUUUGAAAUUACCUUUCAAGGGGUCAAUUACUUUGUGGGUGUGUUCAUCUUUUCUAUCAUGAUUGGUCAGAUGAGAGAUGUCAUCGGAGCAGCUACAGCAGGACAGACAUACUAUAGAUCUUGUAUGGACAGCACCAUCAAGUACAUGACAACCUAUCGCAUUCCUAGUGAAGUUCAGAACCGGGUCAAAACCUGGUAUGACUACACCUACACAGCUCAAGGCAUGCUGGAUGAGCAGGAAUUGCUUAUAGAGCUGCCAGAUAAGAUGAGGCUUGAUAUGGCAGUGGAUGUGAACUAUUCCAUUGUCAGCAAAGUUGCCCUCUUUCAGGGUUGUGACAGACAGUUGAUAUUUGACAUGCUCACAAGGCUUAAGUCUGUAGUCUAUCUACCAGGAGAUUUUGUCUGUAAAAAGGGAGAGAUUGGUCGUGAAAUGUAUAUCAUAAAAGCAGGAGAGGUGCAAGUGGUGGGUGGUCCUGAUUUGAAGACUGUGUUUGUGACACUGAGGGCAGGUUCUGUGUUUGGAGAAAUCAGCCUCUUGGCAGGGGGUGGAGGUAACAGACGUACCGCGAAUGUCAAGGCUCACGGGUUUGCUAACCUAAUGAUCCUGGAUAAAAAGGACCUGACUGAUAUCAUGGUGCACUAUCCUGAGUCCCAGAAGCUGCUUCGCAAGAAGGCCAAGGUAAUGUUGACAAAGGAUAAGAAGCCUGAAGCUGGAGGUGCAGGCAAAAAAGGUGAAGAAGUGAUCCCAACACGCCCAGAGACGCCCAAGCUCUUCAAAGCUGCCCUGGUCGUAACGGAGCACGCUGGCAUCAAAGGCACCUUCGCCAAGCUAAAGGAAACAUACAAAGAACCUGGGCUGGAGCCAUCCUCUUUAACUUCCAUGCCACCCUCCACGCCUGUGCGUCGGCGCUCUCCUAUCCCAAAGAUUAUGGCCCAGGACGUGGAUGACACAGUAUCUGAGACAGCCGACAGCAGUGUGGUCAUCCGUAUGACCCCGCGACAAGGAGGAGAGGAGGUCCUCUCUGUGGAGCAGGGAGCAGGAGAGAAGGAGGGUGGCGAUGCAAAAGGGAAGGGGAAAUAAAGCAAAGGAAGGAAGUAGAAGUAGAACUCUGUCACAAGUGAUCUCAAACACAGGAAAUGACAUAAUCUAAUCUCAAGAUCACACCCCAGAGAAUAGCCCCAGUGCAUCUGCCCACUACAGGGCUUGCAAACAGUGGUCCUCACCAUGGUCAAGUUUGGGGGGGGGGGGGGAUCCAUUGUUGUAUGAACAUAACAAGACCCUGUUAUAUUUUGUGUGUUUUUCAGAAUAUCUAUUAGUCUUUUAUCGCCCUGUGGCCAUCAACUGAGUGCACAGGAUUGAUAAACUGCCCAGGCUCUAACUCCAGGUCUACUACUCUGCUUUUUAUUCCACUGACACAACUCUAGGGAUAUGUGUCAGUUUCACUAUGGCCUUAGCUGUACCCUUUACUGACAAAAAAUAAGGCCUAUUGCACACACCACUCAAAAAGCUAACACUCUUCUCACAGCACAAAACUGAUCUACACCCACACACUCACACACCACACUACAUGUUAACACAUAAUGUAGAUAUGCAUUACAGAGAAGCAUCAAUCACUUUACAACUCCUCCCACAGGGGGUCUUCAUUGAUUGUGAUUGCAUGUAUCUCUACUCUAGUCUACAAUUGUAAUCAGUGUUAAAGAAGCUCAUAGAAAUAAUGUGUUAUGAUACUACUUGUCAUUGUGUUCUAGAGACUUAAUUGGAUGUCCUAGUGGCUACUGACUAGAGGACAAUACCAUUAGGACAGCAGCCGAAAUGGAACAGGAUGUUAGUUCAGUCAAAUGUUUUCCACUAUGGGAGUGAGAAUCAAUGCCUGUGAUCAGUCCCUGUACUCUCUCUCUGGUCAAUCACAUGAUAACAGAGUUUUCAGGUCAGCUCAUUGUAAAACACGGCUUACUGAAAGUACAUCUGGUAUGGCUCAAAUGGAAAUAAAUAAGUAAUACAUUGCUACAUAGCAUGUUAUUUACUGUUUUUUAAAUUGUACUUAAAUCUAUAUUAGUAUUACAGCAUCAGCAUCUGCAAAUCACUGCAAGACUUUUUUUUAUAUUCAGUUAAAACCUCAAAUAUCCAUUACGUUACUUUUCUUUUUAAGUCUCUGUGUAAAAGAGAGAGAAGGAAUGGAGCGUUUUCUCAGAGAAUGACACACAGGAAGAGGACAGGAUGACUUGAGGUUCACAUUGUUUGUAAUUCCCUCUAACAAACGAAAGGGAGGAAGUGAGAAAAUGCACUGAUUCGGAAGCAGUGCAGACCACGCACACUAGGCAGGCCCGAGCCAACCAUUAGCAACAUCCAGUCAGUGCAGGCCCAAUCAAUGUAGGCAGCAGACAGACAGUGGAUAUAUAUUCACUGAAGGCAUUUAAAGCACAGUUACAUUGUAUGGCCUAAUUCAUACAGAGGCAGAGAGAAAAUGUAAUGUUUCCACACAAUUACAUUUUGUGCGCAAUAAAUCUCAUAAUGUGUUGUUCCAUA